AGGGAGGAUUUGUGAAGGGAUUUGUUCAAGCAUCCGUACAAAUGAAAUCGUCCUUGACGGGACGAAAGCGUAAAGCCGAAGAAAUAGAUAAUGAGCGAGUUGUAGACAAGGUAUUCGUUAUCGUUACCGAUGCAAGAGAAUGGUAUUGUAUGGAAUAUAUUUUAAAUGAAGAAAGAAAACCUUCGUUUAAGCUAUCAGAAUCAGUGAGUGUCGUGUAUAAAAGUGAUAAUAUGCAAAAUAUGGUUGAAGGGGUCUUAAGUCGUAUUGUAUGGUUGCUGGAAGAGGCACAAAAGCCGGUGGAUGCUUCGCAAAUUGAUGAGCAAACGAGG